UCGGUACUUCAGAACCUGUGAUACAAGUGGAUACAAGUUCCAUAAGUUAACUGUGCGUAAACCGUGUAAACACUAUUACAAAUUAGGAGCAGUUUAGAAUAGUAAAGAAAUUCGUUGGUGAUAAUUUACAACCAUGGAGUGGUUAUUUGGAAAGCGAGUUACUCCUGAAGAAAUGCUGAGGAAGAAUCAGAGAGCUUUGAAUAAGGCAAUGAGAGAUCUUGACAGAGAAAGAAUGAGAAUGGAACAGCAGGAGAAGAAGAUUAUCAUGGAUAUAAAGAAACUUGCCAAAGAUGGACAAAUGGAUGCUGUGAAAAUUAUGGCUAAAGAUCUUGUAAGGACUAGACGAUACGUGAAGAAGUUCAUGUUAAUGAAAGCAAACAUUCAAGCAGUUUCAUUGAAGAUACAGACAUUGCGCUCACAGAAUACUAUGGCACAGGCAAUGAAGGGUGUUACAAGGGCAAUGCAGAGUAUGAACAAGCAACUUAAUCUUCCUCAAAUUCAAAAAAUAUUGCAAGAGUUUGAAAAGCAAUCAGAGAUAAUGGAUAUGAAAGAAGAAAUCAUGAAUGAUGCGAUAGAUGAUGCAAUGGAGGAUGAGGGUGAUGAAGAAGAGAGCGAUGUUAUUGUAUCACAAGUUCUGGACGAACUGGGUCUACAAGUGACAGACCAAUUAUCCGGUCUACCACAAGCAUCGGGUUCAUUGAGUGUAGCUGGUUCAAAGCAACCGGUUGCGGCUGCUGCAGGAACCGAUGACGGCGGAAACCUUGCAGAUGCGGAUGCUGACUUGCAAGCCAGAUUGGAAAAUUUACGACGCGAAUAAAAUUUCAUACAGUUUGAUAGUUGACAGGUGUAUAAAGUAUGUAAAAAUGAAGAAUGUUCCUAUAAGCAUAUUUCAUUUUAUACGCUUACGGCUUUACUUUGUUGAUGCAAUGUGAUGCAAAUCGUAUAAAGUUGCUUUGAGCAAUUCCUUCGGAGCUGAUACACACAG